AUCUUCCCUAACAUGUCCAUCUCGAACAGAGAACCUAAAACCGUCUUCGCCAACGCCUUCUCCAGCGUCACCCUUUCUGGGGUCACCCAAGAUUUGCAAUCUUCCGCUCCCCUCGAUGUCGUUCUGACUCGGGGUAAACCUCGAGAGAACAGGCCCUUGAUCGUUGAUACUCCUGGUGUCAUCACCGGGCCUCGUCCUCCCAAACGGCUACCUUCCAAACUUCCCUCACCGGGCAACAUGAACCUGCAUUUGACACUUGGGAAGAAGAUUGGCCGUGGUCGGGUCGGGAGAGUCUUCGAAGCUACUAUUGAUCUUCACCGGUCCAGCCCAGAGCUCGCUGAUAUGCUUAUGCCUCCUCUUGUGGUAAAAGUGUCCCGCCGCCAGGACGCCAACAAGAUUGCUCGCGAGGCGUUCUAUUACGAUGAAAUGGAGUGUUUGCAGGGAUCCGUGAUCCCGAGGUAUUAUGGCUUCUUUGAGGCUACCAUUCCACCUAAUAUCGAAUUCACACCUUGGGCUCACGACAAGCUGACCCGAUCCUCUCACCGAUACGAUGCUUCGAGCGACCUUUCUGAAUCUGAAUAUGAUACAGACUCGAAUUUCGAGGAAGACGGUUCGGACCUUGAAGAAGUAGAUGAAAAUGGCGAAAGAUACUCGGACAGCGACGACGAUACGCCUCCCAUGGUCGUGACUCCUACUAAAGUGAGUAUACUUAUUAUGGAGCGUGUGGGAGGCCGAUUGCCUCUGGGUGAGAUGCUGCCCGAUGGUCUACGUGAGGAACUUGACUCAAUGUACUUGGAUCUGUCAAAGCUCGGCGUCGACCACGUUGACAUUCGCUACUUCAACAUUCUCUAUGCGCCACCACCCCUUCCUGAGUUGCCGUUCCUGCCAUCCCCGCUAAGCCAGCGUGUCUACAACUAUCGUUUAGUCGACUUUGACAAUUCGUACAAAAGUAACAGGGGGCCUGCGCUUUGGUAUGGUUAUCAUCGUUGCCUGCUCUCUAGACUCCUCAUGAACUUACCCUACGGCGAUAUAUAUGAGCCAUGGGAAAUGUAGACACCCCCUCUAGAAUAUAAAUGCCGUAAAAUCGCUACAGUUCUUCCAUUAGUAAGUGUUUCGUCAGUCGUCCUAACAUCACUGCGUCAAAGAAACAGAGUACAUAUGUAGUUCAGGGUUUCGCCUACGGGCAACAUGCAUGACACUUCAUCUUCUGCUAUGCAAUAACAUUAAAUGACUCGCUCUGGCCACCGUUAAUGGUGUCGUGGGUAUCGGAAGCCCUACUGUUACGGUAUAAUAGAAUAUAGCACCAGGCUAUCAUUAAGCCAC